AACGGUCGCAGUCGCUCGGGACAACGCGAGGUUGAGGACGCUCGAGACACACACACAGAGCGAGAGAGAGAGACACAGCGCUCGCGCAGAGGCCGGUGUGAGACCAACAGACAGUAAAAAUGGCAGAUGAAGAUAUUGCAGCACUUGUCGUUGACAAUGGUUCUGGUAUGUGCAAAGCUGGCUUUGCUGGAGAUGAUGCUCCCCGUGCCGUGUUUCCUUCCAUUGUUGGGCGUCCAAGACACCAGGGUGUCAUGGUUGGAAUGGGUCAAAAGGACAGUUAUGUAGGUGAUGAAGCUCAAAGCAAGAGGGGUAUUCUGACCCUGAAAUACCCUAUUGAACACGGUAUUGUCACCAACUGGGAUGAUAUGGAGAAGAUUUGGCACCAUACCUUUUACAAUGAACUUCGUGUUGCACCAGAAGAACACCCUGUCCUGCUCACCGAAGCACCCCUGAACCCCAAAGCCAACAGAGAAAAGAUGACCCAGAUAAUGUUUGAGACCUUCAACACUCCAGCCAUGUAUGUUGCCAUCCAGGCAGUACUGUCCCUGUAUGCCUCUGGUCGUACCACUGGUAUUGUUAUGGACUCUGGUGAUGGUGUUUCUCACACUGUGCCAAUUUAUGAGGGUUAUGCACUACCCCACGCCAUCCUGCGUCUGGAUAUGGCUGGUCGUGACCUGACAGACUACCUCAUGAAGAUUUUGACUGAACGAGGCUACUCAUUCACCACUACAGCAGAAAGGGAAAUUGUUCGUGACAUCAAGGAAAAACUGUGCUACGUCGGACUGGAGUUUGAGCAAGAAAUGGCCACUGCUGCUUCCUCCUCUUCUCUGGAGAAGAGCUAUGAGCUUCCUGAUGGGCAGGUCAUCACUAUUGGAAAUGAGCGGUUCAGAUGUCCUGAGGCUCUCUUCCAGCCUUCUUUCUUGGGUAUGGAAUCGUGUGGUAUCCACGAGACUACAUACCACUCCAUCAUGAAGUGUGAUGUCGACAUCCGUAAAGAUCUGUAUGCCAACACAGUGCUGUCUGGCGGUACCACCAUGUACCCUGGGAUUGCUGACAGGAUGCAGAAAGAAAUCACAUCCCUUGCACCCAGUACCAUGAAAGUUAAGAUUAUUGCACCGCCAGAGCGUAAAUACUCUGUCUGGAUCGGAGGUUCCAUCUUGGCUUCCCUGUCCACCUUCCAGCAGAUGUGGAUCAGCAAGCAAGAAUAUGAUGAGUCUGGCCCAUCCAUUGUGCACCGUAAAUGCUUCUAAAUGGACUGCAAGCGGAUGCGUAGCAUUUGCUGCAUGACUUUGAGAGGAAAAACACUUGCACAGGCAAAUGCACAUCAUUCUAGCCUCAAACUGGAAAAAAAGCCUACAUAAAUAUCCCUUCUGAAAGCUAGUAUGACGUGUUCAAGAGGAGCACUGUUGGAUUGUAUUACAUAAGUCCUUUUCUGUCUUGCCACUUGUUCUUACAGGGCUUGAAACGUCUCUCAUUCAGGCCUUGAAUCUUGAUCCUAUUGUUUCCCAGUAAUUUUAUGGGGCUGAAACUUUGAGUUGCAGAAGUGUUGCAUUUACACCUGUAAAUUUAUGCAUCAAGUUCAUUUAUGUAAGUUUCUUUUUUGUAUGUUGCCUUAAUGUUAAUUUUCACAUGAUCGUAGAAACCCCAAAUUUGUAAGUCAUCUGGAUGUUGAAAAUUGUAUUACCCCAACUGACAUCUUACUUUUGAGGGAAAAGAUUAUUAAAGAAUAAAUAAGCU